CGGCGACGCGCCACGAUGACACGGCGACGACCGCGCACACGAGACACAUAGCACCAUGUCGCGCGACCCGGGCUACUCGCGGGCGGGACCCAACGGCGCCUACACCAACGGCAGCGGCAGCGGCAGCGGAGGCUACAGCAGCAACGGAGGCUACAGCAGCAACGGAGGCUACGGGAGCUAUGGCGCCUCCAACGACGACUAUGCAGGGCGGCCCAGCGGCGAGUCGAGGCGCAGACCCGGGGGCUAUGGCGGCAUGGGCGGAGGAGACGACGUCUCCAGGCCACCCUCGCGGCCGAGCACCGACCGGCCACGCAGGCCAGGCGCAUACGGAGCCGCGAGCCCGGCCGAGGACAGCUAUGCGCCACGGCCCAGCGGCGAGAGCUCGAGGGACCGGCGCCCUGGAGGCUAUGGCGGUUUCCAGCCCCGCAACCAGGACCGCAAUCAGGACCGCAAUCAGGACCGCAAUCAGGACCGCACCCAAGACCGCAAUCCGGACCGCACCCAAGACCGCAAUCAGGAUCGCACCCAAGACCGCAACCAGGACCGCAAUCAGGAUCGCACCCAAGACCGCAAUCAGGACCGCACCCAGGACCGCAAUCAAGACGCACCUCACGUCACACGCCCCGCCAGCAUAGAGCGCAACCCAGCACGGCCUCGCAGCGGAGGGCGAUAUGGCGCCUCUGCGGACAGGAGUCAAAGUCGCCCGGCGGGCCAGCAAAACUACGGCCCCGGCAGCCAGCGCAUCGAGGAGGUGAUCAAGUACAUUCAGAGCAACUGGGACUUUAUGACUGGCGACCAGUGCAUCCCAAUCGAGGUCGCCCUCAAGCUCAUGGACUCGAGCUCCCUCGGUCUGGCAGACCAGUACGACCAGUUUCGACAGUCCCACCAAGAGCUCCAGCAGGCCCUCAAGGCCAUUGUCAACGAGCACCACCAGGGCUUCAACAGCUCCAUCGGCACCUUCCACCAGAUCCAAACCAGCUUGCAGAGCUCGCAGCAUCGCGUGCGGAACCUAAAGGCCUCUCUGGCGUCGGCCAAGUCCCAGCUUUCCACCACCAAGCCCGAGCUCCGCGACUUUGCCACGGCCUCUCAAAACUACGACGAGAUGAUCCAGAUGCUCAACACCAUCGAGCAGCUGCAGCUCGUCCCGGAGAAGCUCGAGGCCCGCAUCUCCGAGAAGCGCUUCUUGGCCGCAGUCGACAUGCUGCAGGAUGCGCUCCGCAUCAUCCGGAAAUCUGAAAUGGAGAACAUUGGCGCUCUGAGCGAUCUGCGCACGUACCUAAGCAACCAAGAGGUGUCGCUGACCGACAUCUUGAUUGAGGAGCUCCAUGGUCAUCUCUACCUCAAGUCGCCCUACUGCGAGGACAGGUGGAAGGAGUAUGCCCACAACCAGUUCAAGGGUAGUGUCUCCGAGAGGGCCCAGGCCGAUGUUCGAGGCCGCCUGCUGUACUACUUUCUGGACGGCCUGGACGCGGCAGAGCCGAUGACGGACGACGGUACCCACAAUCCAGAAACGGACACGUUCCAGUACAUCAGACUGGUCGUCGAGUCGCUGAACAAGAUGAAUCGCCUGGAGCUCGCUGUUGACACCAUCGAGCAGAGGCUGCCCGUUGAGCUCUUCAAGGUUGUCGAAAAGUCGCACAACGAAGUAGCACUGCGACAUCCCAGCACACUGCGCGCUUACGCUUCGAGAAAAGGCAGCAAGUCGAAAUCGGACAUGGAAAGUGACAAGAUACGGACAACCCUGCUCAACGACCUGCUCUGGACCCUGUACGCACGCUUCGAGGCAAUCGCCGAGAGCCACAGAGUCGUCCACGACGUUGUCGCCGGCAUCAUCCGCAGAGAGGGCAUUCGCGACACCGCCACAAGCGCGACUCUGACUCGAGGUUUCAGGGAAUUGUGGAAGCUGUAUCAGAGCGAGAUGCGCUCUCUGCUUCACGACUACCUCGCUACAGACGGCGAGACCUCGUACAGAACCGGCCAAAAGCAGGCCAUGACCGGCAGUGCCUUUUCGCGCGCACCUCGCGACAGGUCAAAGCGAAUGUUCAAGCUUUCAGACAUGGACGUUGCGUCAACCGACGUUGCACAAGAACGGGAAGACCUCGAGUUCAUCCUGAAAACAUCGGUCCCCGGGCUCGUGUCCGACUCCAAGCGAACCGAGAGCGCAAACACAAACACAGCCGACGACAUUGAAGGCCACGCGACUGGUCAUAAGCUGCUAGUCGAGCCAAGUGUCUUCAACAUGGGCAUCCUGCUUCCUCCGUCUCUCGACUUCCUCAACAGACUGAAGGAGGUUGUGCCGACGGGCUCAGAUAUUGUCAUGAGCACUCUGACCUCCUUCCUCGAUGACUUCUUGGUCAACGUCUUCCAUCCUCAGCUGGACGAGACCCUGGUCGAACUGUGCGCCCAGGCCUACGUCCAAGUUGACUCGUAUCAAGAGGAUCCUCACUGGACGAAGCAUUCCAAGAAGCCCAUCUUCAAGGGAACCGCCAACUUCCUCACUCUCAUCUCGGCCUUCUGCAAGAUGCUCGACAACCUGCCACACGACCAGGCCUUCUCGCAGCUCAUCGUUCGCCAGAUGGAGACGUAUGCACGGAAGAGCACCAGCUGGUACCAGACUCUUGUCAGCCGAGGAAGCCCCACAGCCGCUGGCCGCAGGCUCAAGGCACCUGCUGCCUGGGCCGAGUCUGCCGAGAUGGAGGAUCUGGUCAACCAAGUCUUCCAGACUGAUCCAAAGGAUGCCAUCAACUUCGGCACGCUUGUCGAGCAGGAGAUUGGCCUGCUCCUGCCAACCAUUGAGCGGGAGCCGUUGGAUCAGGGCGACAUUGUUCAGGACCGAAAGACUCUGACAAGUCUCUGUCUGCUUUACACUAGCAUGAAGUGGCUGUCGACCAAGAUUGCGCGGCUGCGGCACAUCAGCGACCGAGCCACAGACUCGACACGGAUCGAGCCCGGCGCCCAACGCCACAACAGACGGUGGACACUCCUGUCGUCUUCGGAGCCCCGAGCCGAGGGCGCGCCCGUGUACCUGCCACUGAACCAGGAAACCGCUGCCGAAUUCGACAGCGUCGUGUCCACCUACCAGGCCCUCAGCACCUGCGUCCUGCGCACCCUGCACCUCUCCAUCCGGACCACCAUCCUCUACUCCCUCGACGCAUGCGUGCGGCCCGAAAUCGUCGUCGACUCGCUGCUCGGCGACCCCGACCCUGCCAUCCUCACCCUCAACACGCAGCUCGUCGCCUUCGACACAGAAGUCAGCACCUACAUCCCCGCCCCCGCGUACAGGCUGCUUACGUCCGGCCUCGCCGCGCUCAUGGACAUGUACCUCCUCUCGCUCUGCACGUCCAAGCUUGACAACAUCAACGCGAACGGCGCCGCGCUGAUGCAGCUAAACAUGCUCGUCCUGCAACAAAACCUGAAGAACAUCGAGGACGGCGCCAGUCUGCCCAACGUCAAGCUGUUCCUGGACCUGUACACCGCGGGUCCCGAGGCCAUUGUUGCAAAGGCCAAGGAGCACGGGAAGGGCUUUGGACUGCAGGGAUUGGCAAAGGACAUGUUCACCCACGACAAGGUCAAGCGACUGCUGGAGCUGGCGUACAAGGAGAGGUUGGCCGAUGAAAGGAGGGAGGCGGUCGUGCUCGCGCAGCGCGAGCGCGACGCGCUGCUCCUCGAUAUCAGCGAGUUCAUGUACUAGCCUGCGAUCUGCGGUUCUGUGUCUGCGGUUCUAUGUCUGCGGGUCUAUAUCUGGGGUGUUGCUGUUGCCGGCGCGCGCUGACUGCUCGCAAGCAUGCGCUUAGUAACCAAUUCGAGUACAAUGCCGCAGAUGCUUUUUCCCAGUCAGCCGGUCAGAGGCUGUUUUUUUUUUCGCCCGAGCAACACCGCUCCCCGCGCGUGACCGCCUUACUCACUUCUCUCCAGGGCGCGAAAAAGCAACAAGCAUGUCGGAAAGACAGACUCUCAGGAGCCCGCGGACCCUCGUGCUAUGACCCUGGACUCGACCAGCGACGAGCCGAUGCUCGCGUGCUGGUCAACUAUAGAGGUGUGCAGCCCUACGAGCAUUCGGCGACGUUACACAACGCCGCGCCCGUGCUGCCCUGCCCGUGCCACCCCAGACGUCCCCGAUCAUGCAGGGUUCCUCAGCUCGGCAUCACCUGCAGCUGCGAGUAAG